AUGGAUUCUUGCUUUGAUUAUGCCUGUCAAGGUGGUAUAGAGGAAGGCUUAGCACAGCUUCAUCGGGGUGGCAGGAUCGUGAGCCGAGGACUUUUUGCACAAUCCAAUGGUCUUCCCUACGCGGCAAUCCUCUUUCAGUUUCCGGCCGGCCUGCUCAUCUUGCCCGCGCUUGCAAACUCCAUGGUUUACCCUGAAUACUCAGACGCCAUUUUAUUAGCCCUUUAUAAUCUUUCUUCUUACUUGUCAUUACAUCUUCCUUACGUAGCCUCCGGUCACAUCUAUAGCCAGUUUUCCAGUGCACCAGGUCAAACUUACGUCACUACAAAUAAACUUCUUUCUCCACAGUUUAUAGGCAUUAUGAAGCUAGGUGCUCCAGAUCAUUUUUGA